AUGGAUCCUCUAAUGGCAUUCCUCAAAUUACUGUUGCUAAAUGAUAAGAAUUACCCGGGAUUCAGUUCAAAAUCUGGUCAAAGUAAUGCUGACAUGAACAAAGAAUCUAGUGAGAAGGAAACUAUAGAAAUAAGAGAAGUGGGAGCCUUGGGUUUUAUUGUAGUAGCAUCAGCAUUUCUGGUGUUACUCUUCUUCUUCAUGUCCACAGGGUUUGUGAUGCUGCUAACUGUAAUGUUUGCCAUUGCUGGUUCACAGGGACUGCAUGCCUGUCUUGUUUCACUAAUCUCAAGAAUUUUCAAAGGGUGCAAGCAGAUGAAAGUAAAUAUUCCCCUUUUGGGGGAUGUUACAAUUCUUGCUAUUGUGCUCCUGCCAUUGUGCAUAGCCUUCUCUAUUCUUUGGGCAGUAAAUCGACAUUCACCACAGGCAUGGGUUGGCCAAGAUAUUCUUGGAAUAUGCUUAAUGAUAACAGUGUUGCGUGUUCUCCAGUUACCAAAUAUCAAGGUGGCAUCAAUUCUUCUUUGUUGUGCAUUUUGUUAUGACAUAUUCUGGGUUUUCAUCUCACCUCUCAUAUUUCAUGAAAGUGUUAUGAUUGCCGUUGCUAAGGGUAGCAAAGCUGGUGGAGAAUCCAUCCCUAUGCUUCUGAGAAUACCUAGAUUUUUUGAUCCUUGGGGAGGAGGCUACCAAAUGAUUGGUUUUGGUGAUAUGAUUUUACCCGGCUUACUUAUUUCUUUCAGUCGCAGGUUUGAUAGAUUAACUGAAAAGACCAAGGGUACUGGUUAUUUCCUUUGGCUUGUAAUUGGCUAUACUAUCGGUAUGUCAUUCUUCUUACUCUAG